GCCACAUUUUUUGUGUCACAUGACGGUUUAAAGGAAUAAGUCAAAUGAUGAUUUCUGAUACGAAGGCUCAGUAUCCGAUAAUGCGCCAAGCUUAGCGCUGGAGCUUUGAUUGUAUUAUUAUUUUUGCUUUAAUUGCAUAACUCACUGGAUAACUCGUACAUCGCAGCCUGGAAAGCAAAAACUGCGAUCCCAUGCCAAAGUAAGGGAUUUCCUGCGUGCCAUUUAAAGGGAAUGCAAGGAUACAUUUCGACUUCUUAAAUUCUAAGAGGAUAAUAAGAAUAAUAAAAGCCAUGUCAGAUAACAAUAAGAUCGAAAUAGUAGCGACGGAUCAAAAUGCUGUUAACGGGGGAACCUCGUCGGACCGGCAGAAUGGCGAAACCAGAAACCAGAUUGAGCUGGCCGCGGUGUAUGUGUCUGACGCCCAGUACAACAGGAACAUCUGCUUCAAUAUCUCACCGCAAGGGAUCAGGUUGUACAAGUUCUACAUCCACAGUUGCAUGAGGAUAAUAAUUCUCUUCUUCAUCUUUGUGGACCUGGCCCUGGCUAUAUUUGAAGAACCGGCUAUUUUCCCCUUCCCUUUAUGGGCCAACUUCGUGAUUGAGGUCACCUGCCUUGUGGCUUUCACUGCACGGCUUGUACAUUACGCUAAAGUCAUCCCACGGUCCAACUUCUGGAAGGACCCCAAAAACAUCUGCAUCAUCGUCGUCAUCUUUCUAACGUUGGUGGACAUGAUUAUAUAUGGCAUCCUGACAGAGAUGCAUCUCUACUGUGUCCGGUGGUCGAGGGUCCUGAGACCCUUGCUACUGGUGAACAUCACAGAGAGCCGGCAGCUCCGCAGGGCCUUUCGGAGCAUCAGGAACGCCCUGCCCCACGUCCUCUACGUUUUCUUCUUGUUUAUGUUCAGUGUGCUCAUGUUCUCCCUCAUGGCCCUGAAGCUCUUUGGGAAGAGAGGCCUUGUUACUAGUGAAGGGAGUGCCUACUUCACAGACUACCUGGACAUCGUCUUUGACCUCUACGUGCUGGUCACCACUGCCAACAGUCCCGAUGUCAUGAUGCCGGCGUACAACUAUGGCAUCAUGUUUGCCGUCUUCUUCAUCAUCUGUAUCGUCAUAAAUACCUACAUCUUCAUGUCCGUUUUCCUGGCUGUCGUCUACAACAACUACAAGAAGCACCUGAAGGAGGAGGUGCGUCAACUGGUGAGGGCUAAGCGACGCAACAUGGUGCAGGCCUUCCAGUUGCUGCAGGAGCCGUGCAGUGAUGAGCCCGUGGUGAUGCGGGAGACGUGGAACCGGCUGGUGCAUGCAGUGCAGCCUGGCAUCAGCGCUGUGCACCGUGAGCUCCUGUGGAAUGUGUCUGACGAGCACAACAGAGGCUAUAUCGGGAGACUUGCCUUCAUCCAGCUGGCAGACCUUCUGAACAUCCAGGUGAUAACUCUGAAGUCCCGAAUUCACUUCCUGCAAAUAUAUCUGCCUGGGAUUUAUAACUCCGCUGCCAGCAGGUGCAUCCGCUGUGUGGUGCAACACCGGUUCUUUGUCUACGUGUAUGAUUUGAUCAUCCUAGUGAACGCCGUGUUUAUCGGACUUGACGAGGAGAAACCCUUUAUCUCGUACUCCGAGUGGGUCUUCCUGGGGCUCUACCUGCUGGAGAUUCUCCUGAAGCUGUAUGCCUUUGAGCCGCGGGCGUUUUAUGCCCGGCAUCAGUUCUGGAACUGGUUUGAUACUAUCAUUGUCAUUUGUGCACUAUUCGCUACCAUUCUGAAUUCAGCCCUAAAAUCCAGUAGCAACUACAACAGCCGUGAAAUCCUGGAUAUCAUUUUCAUCCUGCGUGUCUUGAGGCUUAUCCGUGUUGUGGACAGCAUUAAAAGGUUCAGGACAGUCAUUAAUACUCUUAUUAAAAUUGGCCCAACGAUUCUCACAUUUGGACAGCUUAUUAUUGUGAUAUACUACAUAUUUGCCAUGGUGGGAAUGGAACUCUUCAAGGGUAAAAUCCAGUUUUUUGAAAACGGUGCCUUAAAGCCUGGACACGAGUUCUGUGGAAACCCACUUCUGAAUGGAUCUGCAUUUGCAAAGAACAACUACUGCAGGAACAACUUCAACAAUGUCAUUUCUUCCUUCAUUCUCCUCUUUGAGCUCACAGUGGUCAACCAGUGGCAUGUUCUGGCCAGCGGAUUUACCACAGUGACGAGUAAUGCUGCCAGGAUCUACUUUGUUGUGUUCCACAUCGUUGUGGUCAUCAUCAUCAUAAACAUUUUUGUGGCUUUUGUACUGGAGGCUUUCUUCGUGGAGUACAACGUCAGCACGAGUGGUUUACAGACAUCCCUGGAAAAGAAAAUCAAAGAACUGGAGCUCGGUAUAGAUCAGGACCAGCUGGAAGGAAACUUGAUUGAGAACUUGGAAACCAAUGACAAUGAUCUCGGUCCUUCUGGAGAGCAUAAGGGGAAGCCUUCAGUCAUGUUCACAAUUGCUUCAAAGAGGUAUAGAACCGUCGAGGCCUUGUUACAAAGGAUGUUCGAAGCUGACCUCAGUCCCGAGGAUGAUGCAGAUGAUGAAGAUCACGAUAAUUCAUUGUCUCCAGAGUUGAGUUUCCCAAAUCCAGCCUUUAACACCACAUGACUUCCACCAAAGGGGCUUUAAAUGCUUUAAAAAGUGUACCUUGUUAUAUUCAUAUAAAUAUAUAUACAUAUAUGUAUAUUCACUUUGUGUCCUGUUUUUAUAUGGAAUAAGCAUAAUGCUAUAUUAUAUUGUAUUGUCAAUUAGAUGGAAUAUUUUGUAUAUUAAUGGAAUACUUUUUGCUAUGUAUGUUACAGUGUAUUGUUAAUAACCUGCUUAUUUUUGUAUGUGUGUGUAUAUACACACACACACACACACACAUAUAUAUAUGUGUGUGUGUGUGUCUGUAUACAUACAGCUCUGGAAAAAAUUGAGACCACUUAUAUUUCUUUUUAUUAUGUAUUUUUUAAAUUCUGGUUUAAUCGUGGUUCUGCUGACAGAAGGCUACACUGAGCAGCAGCUUACUUCCAUGUUCAGAGUUUCUAAGACGGCAGUAUACAAGAAUAAGAUAGAACAGGAGACACCUCAAAUGACCAGAAGCCAGCCAGGUAAAGGGCGAAAGCAACUUUUUAAUGCCAGAGGUGACUGUUGGCUUAUCUAAAAGUUUCUCUUGAAUCGGAGGAUGACAUCAAGUGACCUUCAAAAGGAAUGGGAAACAUUAAGUGCAGUGUGAAGUGCACUGGUAGGACAGUUUGUAUCUGGCUCCUAGAAGCGGGACUGAAGUCUCAUAAAGCCCGGAAUAAGCCCUUUAUUAAUGAGAAACAGAGAAGAACCAGGCUGCAGUUUGCAAUAUAUAUAUUAUAAUUAUUCACAGAAACACACCCAUAAAUUGAGAAAUGAGUGAAACAAAAAACCAUGACGUGGCCUUUGCGUAUUUUUCAUAGAGCUGUAUAUGUAUGAAUAAAUAUAGAAACUGCGCUUUCCCUCAGUGAUGCUGAUGCCAUAGUUUUCUUUGGCUUUAUAUAAAGGUUUUAAUAUUUUGAGACGUUUUAAUGAAGUCUAAAAUAAUUCAAAUCCAUAAUUCAAAAUUCAGGUGUGAGUGAAAAACACCAGAAAAGACAAUGAGGUUCAGUAUUCAGCGUAAUUUUUUUUAAUGAUAUUAAAAUUCAGUAAUUAAUGCAAAAAGUGUUUUCUUUGCUGUUCCUAGCUGAACAGAAUGGUUAUUUAGAGUUCACAUAUUUCACUUGCCUGGAGGAAUACAUGCAUACAGUUGCAAUUUGCACUGUAAAGCAAAGCUGAACACAAUUAUUAUUUUAUUUUAUUUUUUUUAGCAAGGCUGACCAAAAAGGGAAUACAUGCCAUAAACUGAGGAAAACCUAACCAGGUUUAUGUCCUCAGUAGUUUAGUAUAUUAUGUGUUUUAUAAUAUAGUGUUUGUUUGAUUUGACCUUUAUUUACCUUAAGAAAAUAUACACAAUAAAGUUGUAUCAAAUUUGGAAUACUAAAAUCAGUUCUCUUUUAUGUAAGCUUUCAUAAGUCAGAGCAGCAGCGCGGGACUGCAUUAUGGUAUUGAUUAUAUUAUUAUCCAACACAUUCACCAGAUUCAUGUCAAUAGCCAGGUAGCCGAAUUUAAAACCCACUUAAGUGAACAGAACUAUUUAGGUGGGUCCUGAGAAGAGAGACCUGGGGGAUUCUGGGUAGAGCAAGUGUAAGACGACACCGCGGCUGAAACAGCAUGGAGGUGGAGGAAGCUGCUUUUCUGAAGCUGUGAGGCUGCAUCUCUGGCAGAUUAAUCAGCAGCAGGCUGCUGGCACAUGUCUCCCCCUCCCCGCCCUUCCACUUUCUCUGGUGGCUUGUUAGACCCAGACACCUAAAACUAGGACAGGUUUUCACCUUUCAGAACGAUGACCCAGAACUUGCGGGCCUUUCAUUUCCUGGGAAGGUGAAUGAGUUCUAUUGCACCAUUCACUGAGUUUUUCUAAAUUUCACAGAGGAAAAAUUUCCCUCCCCCCAACUUCCCUGGUAAAGUGUGAACAAAUCAUAACAUGCCAGUGUUAUCCCACUGACAAAUAAAUGGAUUAUCAAUCA